AUGAUCAUGAACAAAUGCCGCCCAUCAGUCUACCUUCCAACCAUCGUCUGGGUUUGGGGCUGCAUCGUCAUUGCACUAUCGCAAGCCAAGAACUAUAAGGGCUUCCUUGCUGGGCGGUUCUUCCUCGGUUGUAUCGAAGCCGGUCUCUUUCCAGGGGCCAUCUACCUUCUGACAUGUUGGUACACCAAGAAAGAAAUCGGCAAGCGAUUCUGUAUCUUCUACACAUCGGGUUGCAUCGCUCCAGCUCUAGGCGGUAUCAUGGCCGGCGCCAUCGUAAAAGGCCUCGAAGGAGUCCGAGGCAUUCCUGGCUGGCGCUGGCUAUUCAUCGUUGAGGGUACACUCACUGUCUUCUGUGGUUUCGGACUAUACUUCCUCCUACCAGACUAUCCCCGUAAUGCCCGCUACUUCUCACCUGACCAGCGCCGUCUUGCUCAGAUUCGCAUCCUCGUUGAUAGACAGGUCAGUGUCGGCAGCACGAGUCGUCGAAUGACCUCAUGGCAGGCCUUCAAGGCUGUUGUCACUGAUGGGAAGACCUGGUUCUUCCUCAUCGCUUACAGUAUCAUCAUCCUCGGCAUGUCCAUCUCAUACUUCGUACCUACCAUCCUCAAGACCAUGGGCUACACCAAUGUCACUGCGCAGUGGAUGACUGUCCCCAUCUGGAUUACCGGUGCCGUAUGUCAGCUGGCUCUAUCUUGGACUUCAGAUAAGCUCCAAGAUAGAAGGUGGCAUAGCUGCGGUCUUUACGGACUUGCGGCUGUCGCAUGCAUAAUCUCCGCCUUCGUUGAUUCGGCCAUUGCCAAAUAUGUCAUGAUGUGCCUGCUUGUGGCUGGUCUCUACACUGGCCUGCCUCUUAUGCUCAACUGGACAAGCGAGUCGAUCCCAUUCCCUGACCAGAAGCGCUCGAUUUCCAUUGCCUUUGUCAACUCAUUUGGCCAUCUGGCGAUUAUCUACGGAAGUUAUCUAUGGCCCAGCACGAAUGCGCCCCAGCACUUGGUCGGUUUUGGUACCCUGACAGCUACAUGCGGCUUUGGAUGCGUCAUCGCGAUUAUUGCACCAUGGUUCUUCAAUCUCCUACCCAAGGAGCCUGUCACCAAGGCCGAACGAGAGCUAGUGGCUCUUCAACACCAGGAUCGGCAGGAGACCUGA